UGGGAAUAUAGUAACAUUAACAGUUUCAACGACGCGUCCCGUUGGAGAGAUUUGUUCGUGCGUUGCUCUCUAAAAGGGCAAUGCUACGAUGAAUACUAUAAAGUGUUUUGUGUUCUUGUUCACAGUUGCAAGUAAUUCAUUUAUUUCUGCGUAUGAUGAAUGUAACGAACCACUUUUGGAUAGAGCUCACUUAACAGCAACUACAUCAUUGUCUGAAAGAGGACCGAGUAAUGCCAGACUCAAUGGAGGUUCUACGUGGUCACCAGAGCUUAGCAGUUAUGAUCAACAUCUUACUGUGGAACUGGGGGACAGAUAUGAGAUUCGCAGCAUUGCCACACGAGGUCGUGCUCAUACUAAUGAGUAUGUGACAGAGUACAUUGUCCAAUACUCUGAUGAUGGGCAAGCCUGGGCCAGUUAUGAAAGUCAGGAUGGUGUGGAUGAGAUGUUUAAGGGUAAUGUAGAUGGUGACACCAUAAAACUUAAUAAGUUUGAAGUACCAAUUAUUGCACAAUGGAUUAGAAUAAAUCCAACUCGAUGGCGUGAUAGAAUAUCAUUAAGACUGGAAUUAUAUGGAUGUAAUUAUGAAUCUGAUGUUCUUUCCUUUAAUGGAUCAUCUCUUUUACGAUAUGAUUUGUUGAGGGAACCAAUAGAAACUGCUAGACAUUUUAUACGUUUCCGAUUUAAAACAAAUAACGCUGAUGGAGUUUUGAUGUAUUCUCGCGGUACACAAGGAGAUUAUAUAGCUUUACAAUUAAGAGAUAAUAGAAUGUUGCUAAAUAUUGAUCUUGGAUCUGGUAUUAUGACAAGUUUGUCUGUUGGAAGCCUUUUGGAUGACAAUAUGUGGCACGAUGUACUAAUAUCACGUAAUAGAAAAAAUAUUUCAUUCUCUGUAGACAGAGUAUUAAUUAAGGGAAGAAUAAAGGGAGAGUUCCAUAGAUUAGAUUUAAAUAGAGCACUUUACAUAGGUGGUGUGCCUAACAAACAGGAUGGAUUAGUGGUUAAUCAAAAUUUCACAGGUUGCAUAGAAAACAUUUACUUGAAUUCAACAGGCAUUAUUCAUGACUUGAAAGAAACAGAAAUCACUGGAGAAAAUUUAAGAUAUUACAAAGUAAAUACAAUUUAUAGCUGUCCGGAACCACCUAUCAUUCCUGUUACAUUUUUGACUCAUGGAUCAUAUGCUAGACUCAAAGGAUACGAAGGAAUAUCCUCGUUGAACGUGUCUCUUACUUUCCGAACAUACGAAGAUAGGGGAAUCAUUUUAUAUCAUCAAUUUACAUCACCGGGUUAUGUCAAGCUGUUCUUAGAAGACGGUAAACUAAAGGUUGAUAUUCAAACUAAAGAAAGUCCACGAAUAAUUUUAGACAAUUUUGAUGAAAAUUUUGACGAUGGUAAAUGGCAUCAAGUUAUCUUAACAAUCUCCAAGAACAGUCUCGUUUUAAAUGUUGAUGGUACGCCUAUGAGGACUAAACGUAUGUUAGAAAUGACAACUGGGCCAGUGUACUUAGUCGGUGGUGUGACUGGAGUGGAAAGCAAUCGAGGUUUCGUUGGUUGUAUGCGAAUGAUAAGCAUCGAUGGUAAUUAUAAGUUACCAACUGAUUGGAAGGAGGAAGAGUAUUGUUGUAAAAACGAGAUAGUUUUCGAUGCUUGCCAAAUGAUGGAUCGUUGUAAUCCAAAUCCAUGCAAGCACUCUGGGAUUUGUCGUCAAAAUUCUGAUGAAUUCUUCUGUGAUUGUGCCAAUACAGGAUAUACCGGAGCUGUUUGCCAUACUUCUUUAAAUCCUCUCUCAUGUGACGCGUAUAAAAACAUCAAUUCAGUUAAUCAACGAGCAGAUAUCAAAAUAGAUGUCGAUGGAAGUGGUCCAUUAAAACCAUUCCCAGUAGUUUGUGAAUUCUUCACGGAUGGACGUGUGAGAACGAUUUUACGACAUAACAAUGAACGCAUGACACCCGUAGAUGGGUUCCAAGAACCGGGUAGUUUCGUCCAAGAUAUUAUUUACGAUGCAGAUAUGGAUCAAAUUGUAGCUCUUCUCAAUAGAUCCAUGAGUUGUAGACAGAGAAUUAGUUAUGAAUGUAUACAUUCUAAACUAUUUAAUUCACCAGUACCACAGGGGGACUAUUUUAGACCAAAUUCAUGGUGGGUUAGUAGGAAUAAUCAAAAAAUGGACUAUUGGGGAGGUGCAUUACCUGGUUCGCGUAAAUGUGAAUGUGGUAUCCUUGGAAAUUGUGCGGAUUCUACUAAAUGGUGCAAUUGCGAUGCUGACUUGGAUGGUCCUCUCGAAGAUAGUGGUGAUAUUACUGAAAAAGAAUAUCUUCCUGUUAAACAAUUACGAUUUGGUGACACUGGUACACCAGUCGAUGACAAAGAGGGUCGUUAUACUCUUGGCCCUCUUAUCUGUGAAGGCGAUGAUUUGUUCAUGAACGUAGUAACAUUCCGCAUUGUUGAUGCUACUAUCAAUCUACCAACCUUUGAUAUCGGUCACAGCGGUGAUAUCUUUUUUGAGUUCAAAACAACCAUAGAUGACGCUGUAAUAAUUCACAGUAAAGGACCUACGGAUUACAUAAAGAUCUCUAUAGUCAGUGGAAACCAGAUGCAAUUCCAGUAUUUAGCAGGCAGUGGCCCACUCACCGUCAGUGUGCAAACGUCAUAUAGAUUAGCUGAUAAUCGAUGGCAUUCCGUGUCUGUUGAACGAAAUCGUAAGGAAGCUAGAAUCGUAGUUGAUGGAGCAUUGAAGAACGAAGUGCGAGAACCUCCAGGACCAGUGAGAGCACUUCACCUCACAUCAGAGCUUGUAGUUGGUGCUACAACAGAAUACAGAGAUGGUUACGUGGGUUGUAUCAGAGCACUUCUGUUGAAUGGUCAGUUGCAAGACUUAAGAACCUAUGCACGCCAAGGCCUGUAUGGAGUUUCUGAAGGUUGUACGGGCAAAUGUGAAAGCAAUCCAUGUCUUAACAAUGGUACAUGCCAUGAAAGAUAUGAUGGAUAUUCCUGUGACUGUCGUUGGACAGCAUUCAAGGGUCCUAUUUGUGCUGAUGAAAUUGGUGUUAAUAUGCGCCCCAGUUCUAUAAUAAAGUACGACUUUAUGGGUAGUUGGCGUUCAACGAUUUCUGAGAAUAUCAGAGUUGGUUUUACAACGACGAAUCCUAAAGGAUUUUUACUUGGUCUUUUUUCGAAUAUAUCCGGAGAAUAUAUGACGAUCAUGGUUUCAAACAGUGGACAUUUGCGUGUCGUCUUCGAUUUCGGUUUUGAACGUCAGGAAGUUAUUUUCCCCAAUAAACAUUUCGGUUUAGGACAGUAUCACGAUGUUAGAGUAGGCAGAAAGAAUUCGGGGGCGACUCUGGUGUUGACGGUAGAUAAUUAUGAACCAAAAGAAUUUAAUUUUAAUAUCAAAGCUUCUGCUGAUGCACAGUUCAACAAUAUUCAGUACAUGUACAUAGGAAGAAAUGAAUCUAUGACAGAGGGAUUUGUUGGUUGUAUAUCUAGAGUAGAGUUUGAUGAUAUUUACCCUCUGAAACUAUUGUUCCAAGAAAAUGGGCCAGGAAACGUUCGUUCUUUGGGUACCUCUCUUACAGAAGAUUUCUGUGGUGUAGAACCUAUCACACACCCACCUGAUAUUAUUGAAACUCGUCCACCCCCUCAGGUAGAUGAAGAGAAAGUUCGGGCUGCUUACAACGAAACUGAUACAGCAAUUUUGGGAAGUGUUUUAGCUAUUAUUAUUAUAGCAUUAGUGGUAAUGGCAGUACUUAUAGGAAGAUACAUGUCGAGACACAAAGGUGAAUACUUAACGCAAGAAGAUAAAGGUGCUGAAAUAGCACUGGAUCCAGACUCGGCAGUUGUGCAUUCUGCUACGGGCCAUCAAGUUCAAAAGAAGAAAGAAUGGUUUAUUUAAGUACGAAUUUAUUCUAUACUAUCAUUAACGCUAGAAUAUUUAUAGAUAAAAUAUGCUUAUAAGUGCACUUUGAAGUGUCAUACAAAAGAUUUUAUAAAACGAAUAAUACGAAACUCCCUUUUCACUAUGUAAAAAGAUUAUGAAGGCUGCUAAAUUUAAUAAUGUAAUACAACAAGUUUGUCGAAUCUUAUAACAAAAAAUAUCAGACUGAUACAAUGGUAAGGAAAUUUUCCUUAAAAGAUUGAGCAUUGGACGUAGAAGUUUGUAUUUAAUUAGUGUUUGAUAUUAGUACGCAAUAUCAGUUUAUUGCAAAGAUAUUUCACAAGGAAAUUAAAGUAAUUGUUUAUAUAUUUGAAGAUUCUUUUUCUUUAUUUGGUUUUAUUCUUUAAAGUGAAGAUUACCAUUAUAUUUGUAUGAUUAAAUUAUUAAAAUUAUAUUUUUAAAUUUAUUCUGAUACUUAGUACGAAUUAUCAUAUUGAUAGCAAAUUACUAAAACUAAGAAGUAGCAAAGAACUAUUUACAGACUGUUGUUAUUUUAGAUUCUGAGGUGCAUAGAUAUUUAUUAUGUACUUCUGUAAUUUAGAUCUGACAGUACAGCAGGAUAGUAAUACCCUAAAUACUUGUUUUAUUUUUACAUUUAGUUUUUUUUUUAAAUGAGAACAAUUAUUCAUAUUCCCAAAAUGUCAGUACCUUUAUUUUUAAUAUUAUUUGUCAAGUUAUGUUAACAAUCAGUUGAGUAUGGAUCGUAUUUUCAUAAAAUCUAAGUCUUUGUGUCUCGUGUACAAAUUGUGUUACCUUUUAUCAACGAUAAAAGAUUACUUGUACAUACAAAAUGUCCGAAUUUCAGAACCUCUGUUGCAUGUAAAAUAAUUAUUCUUUUUUUUUUUGUUUUGCGAAAAAUAUUUUCAGUAUUAUUUGUAAUGCUUACCGUCCAAAGUGCAUUUUAAUUUUUUGUAUUUAUUUUCUUUACAUUUGUUUAUUAUGUAUUACAGAUAUUUUAUUUCUUUUAAAUUUUAGUAAUCCGAAUUCACUAUUGUAACCUAACAAUAAUCUAGUAUCAAUAAUAUCGUAUACUGUACGUGUAACAGUAAGAGUGUACAUACGUCAUUUUUAUACAAAGCAAAAUGUUUUACUGUAAUAAUAUGGCAGUGUAUAUUUUAUAUACUGUAUUCAGCAGAACGCAUGUACUGCUCAAUAAAAAUAAAAGUCUUGACUAUGA